CACUCCGCUCCACUUCCACUCACGCACACACAAUCUCGGUGGACUGCAUUUGAGCGACACGUCAGUGCGAGCGGUGGCGUUUGGAGGAUUUAAACCUUACCUCUCUUUCUUUUUUUUAACUUCUUUUUCUCCCAUUUCGAGCGACAUCGGAUCUUUUGUAUGGAUGUUUUCUUUCUUUUUUUUGGUGCUACAUUUUCCAGCCAGGAAUGAUGACCGCAGCUCGGAGCUUAGCACGGAUCACUUACGCCGGCAAAAAACAAGCAGGCCUUUAAUCCGGGAAGGAUUCCUCGUUUUUGUGCGAAGAGUCUGCUUGCCGUGUGGAGGAGGACCUCUGGGAAUACAAGGAUCGAUUCAAGGGCACUUCACUAGCUCGCCGCCUCCCCCCCACCUCCCUUCCAAAGAUGACAGCAAGGAUAGAAAGCUGAGUGCGGGAGUUCGGUGGAGCUUCAUGAAAUCCGAGGAAUCUUAAAACAAGGACUCAUCUUUCGUGUUAACCAUGUGGGGCGCCCGCUGCCUCCCGGCCGGCGCCGCCCUCCUAUUGGCCCUGUGCGUCCAAUCGGCGACAACCGUGGACGACGACGUGUGGCCGCGCAUCACUUUUCCGUGCAAUGCGAAGGAGAGAUCGGCUAAGAGGUUCUCUGCCGAGGGCGUCUUCAAUUACACGUCGCUGCUGCUCAGCCAGGAGGACGACAUGCUGUACGUGGGGGCCCGGGAGGCGCUGUUUGCCCUCAGCCUCUCCGACAUCAGCAGGACCAAGUUGCAGAAGAAUCUAACUUGGGCUACACCGCUUGGAAAGAGAGAAGAGUGCAGCUUCAAAGGGAAGAACCUCGAGACGGAUUGCUUCAAUUAUAUCAAGAUUCUGCUGCGUCUCAACAGUACUCACCUGUACGUGUGCGGCACCUACGCCUUCAGCCCCAUCUGCAGCUACAUCAACACGUCCACGUUCACGCUGGCAAGGGACGACGCCGGCGAGGUGGCGAUGGAGGACGGACGCAGCCGCUGCCCUUUUAAUCCCGAGUACAAAUCCACCGCCAUCAUUGUUGAUGGUGAGUUGUAUACGGGCACAGUCAGCAACUUCCAAGGGAACGAGCCUGUCAUUUAUAAAAGUUUGGGUCAAGGAACAGCACUAAAGACGGAAAACUCUUUAAAAUGGCUGCAAGAUCCCGUCUUUGUGGGCUCGGCUUACAUCGAGGAGAGUCAGCCGAUAGGGAACCCCGUGGGUGACGACGACAAAAUUUACUUCUUCUUCAGCGAGGCGGGGAAGGAAUUUGACUUCUUCGACAACACCAUUGUGUCGAGGAUCGCUCGCGUGUGCAAGGGCGAUAGAGGUGGCGAGCGUGUCCUGCAGAAGAAGUGGACCACCUUCCUGAAGGCCCAGCUCCUGUGUUCCCUGCCAGAUGAUGGCUUCCCUUUCAACAUCAUCCAGGACAUGUUUGUCCUGAAACCCAUGGGGGACAGCUGGGAGAGCACAGUCUUCUAUGGCGUCUUCACGUCGCAGUGGUACAAAGGAGCGUCGGGGAGCUCUGCAGUGUGUGCCUUCACCAUGGCACAGGUGGAACGGGCCUUCAAUGGCCGCUACAGGCAGGUCAACAGGGAGACCCAGCAGUGGUACACGUACAAUCACCCUGCACCAGAACCACGACCUGGAGCGUGUGUGACCAACCACGCCAGGCAAAUGGGAAUCCAGUCAUCCUUGCACAUGCCAGACAAGGUGCUCAACUUCGUCAAGGACCAUUUCCUGAUGGACAGCGUCAUCCGCAGCGCGCCUUUGUUGCUGAAACGCAGCGUGCGCUAUACGCAGAUUGCCGUGCACAAGAUCCAGGGCAUGGAAAGGGCCUACGAUGUGCUCUUUAUUGGAACAGAUGACGGAAAGCUGCACAAGGCCAUCAACGCCAACGACAAGAUGCACAUCAUCGAGGAGAUGGUUCUGUUUCCCGACCCGCAGCCCGUGCAGCACAUCGAACUGGACCCUCAGAGGGGCCUGCUGUUUGUGUCAUCCUACUCGGGCCUGGUGGAGGUCCCCGUGGCGAACUGUUCCAACUACCUAAGCUGUGGAGAGUGUGUCCUCUCUCGAGACCCUUACUGCGCCUGGACCGGACGGCUGUGUCGGGACGUCAGAAUGGCCCCGCCCGACAGCCACUGGCAGCAAGAUGUGGAGGAGGCUGACACCUCGGCAAUUUGUAACAAGACGCUCUCCGGCCCGAGAUCUGUCCGACCAGCAGCUGCCCGUGGAUCACGUUGCCGUCUAAUCACAAUUCCUACCAACACGUUACGGCUCUUGCCCUGCAAACUGCGCUCCAACCUGGCCCAGAGGAAGUGGCGCUACAGCGCCAGCGCCAGCCAGUUCCUGUACACCACGCCCGAGGGCAGCCUGGUGGUGGUGGCGCACGUUGACAAGACUGAGACCUACGAGUGCUGGUCGGAGGAGGAGAGUUUCCGCCAGCUGCUGGCCAACUACUGCGUGAGAGCAGAACCUCAUGUCGAGAGCACCACGGUCGCGCUGAGCCACUCGCGCACGCCGCACGUGAAGCGUGAGGAGGUCAUGAUCCUGCCGGGCGAGUCUCGCUCGCAGCAGAUCCACACCAAGACCUACUGGAACGAGCUCAUCGUGGUGUGCGCCCUGCUCGCCUUCUCCCUCGUUGUCUUCUCCUUGUUCGUCAUCUACCGCAACCGCGACCACAUGAAGUCCAUGCUAAAGCAGGGCGAGUGCGCCAGCAUGCAGCAGAAGAAGCCCAGGAUGGCCAGCAAGCCCACAGAGAGCCUGCCGCUCAACGGCAACACCAUUCCCGUGUCCACGUCGGACCACAAGGGCUACCAGACGCUCAACGACAACUACAUCUGCAGCACGCCGACUAGGGAGUCAUCGCCCGAGAGCAAGAGCUUCUCCGACGCGUCCGACGGGCGGCCGCUCAACGUCAAAGAAAGCCACGUGGAGUACUCGCCCACUCUCCCCCGGCCCAGAGUGCGGUUAGGCUCGGAAAUUAAAGACUCCAUCGUGUGAGACGAGACCCCGACGUCUUUUUAUUUUGCUGUUUUUUUUUUCUUUCGAGCUGCGUGGGACGGGAAAAGCAGCUCCAGCGGGCGCGAGGACUUGGCAGCUGCUGUCCGAUAGUUUUAGUCAAUUUCCUCAUGGCCACUAAUUGCAUACAAAAUGCGUGCCGAGUGUGGCUAUGCAAGAAAGAAGACGCUCUUUUCAGUAUUUGUGUCUUCAAGUCAGUUGUUCUUAGACGUCUACUGCCACCAAGUUCAGGUUCAAGGAGGACAAAAAACUGAUGCGUUCUUACGGUCUGUGUGGACGAUGAUGAACAGAAAAGGGACGAUCAGACUGUGUGACAUCUUAACAGAUGAAAGAGGCAACAAAAAAAAGGCCACGCAACGCGUUGACUCUCACGUCCUGAAUGUAUGUCCGGAAAAGAAAAAAAAGACCAGUAAACGCACCACGGACCGUCGGACGGCAACGCGUCAAGGCUGAAUUGUGCAGGUACUACGAUGAUUAUGAAAUAUGGGAGCAUUAAGUGGGGUACACGCAUACCUAUAAUCAGGCUGAAUUCGAGUAUUUUUUCACUUUUGAUCAAAGUCGGCAAAGGCCUAAUUGUCGGAUGUCUCACAUAUUAUCCUGAUCAAUUUAUACACUAAUGUGAGGUGUUGAGAAUGAUUUUUUCCAUGCCAAAUCUGGUUGGAAAAAAAUAAUAGUAAUGUUUAACCCAUUCAAUAUUUACGAUUUUACACAAUUGUCCAUUGUGUGUUCAACACCAAGAUCCACGGACACUCUGUGUGACAUGGAACGGAAUUUUAGCCAAUCAGAAAGCUCGCUGAAGGUGGCGCUGUUGCUCAACACAAAAAGGAAAAACUGGUUUUGUUACUUGUUUAUAGAACGUGUCUCACAAAUCAUUCACCAUAAUAUAAAUGACAAGAUCAGUUUUCACUAGAUUAACUAACACAUGGGCUGUGUUCAGACUCAUUCCCCACUUCCACAUUUUUUUAUGUAGUGGACAACAGUGAACCCUCGCAUAUUUGCAGUUGAGCAUUUGCCAAUUUCCCUAUUUGCUCAUUUGUUUUGGAACUUAUCCUCUGCUCUUUGAUGAAAAACUAACAAUGUUGCUUUGUUGCCAUCUGGUGGUAUUUUGGUGAUAAGGAACUAUGUUGGAAUGAGUGGAGGAGUUUCAUUUACGCAAAAGUUAAGCUUUGCAAGCAACUUGUCAUCUGAAGGUAAAAUAAACUUUUUUUUACAGCAGGUGUCAAUUACUCACAGAUUUUCAAUAUUGGCAUCAGAUCUUGGUCCCAAUAUCCCGUGAAUAGGAGUGGAACACUGUACCCGCAUAAAACCCAUCCAAGCACGGGGAGAACCUGCAACUCAACACAGGAAGGCCAGAGGCCAAAAAUAGUUUUCGAAUAUUAUUCGGGCACGCUAAUAAUAACAAUACAGAUGAUAUGCCUAGGUCAGUGCCUCCAGUAAGAAAUAUGAAACAAAUAAACUGCGAAAAGUAUUUUAUUUUGAGCUCUGUAUAUUUUACCAAAUGAAUGCAAACAAAGCACUAUUUCUAUCCGUUGUAUUUUUUUGCAUUUAGUAUUACUGUAUCAGUGCUAUAAUUGUACAGAUAUAUUGCCUUUCUAGUGACCAUCAGUUGCACAUUACUUAUCAAUAAGCAUUGUGGGAUACAUUGAGGACACUAUAUAGAAGAUAAUAUGUACUCAUCAUACAUUCCAACAGCACUGGAAAAUGCCCAUCUGAUUCCAAACAAAUAUCUGCUUCAAUUUUUCUUCGUAUUUUUGGGCUUUGUGGACGCUCUGUUGCAGUUUUGACACUACGACAAACAUGGUGAUGUGUGCAGUUGUUGCUCAUCUUGACCUGAAAACUCUAAACACUAAAAAUUGGUAUGCGUGUACCCCACUUGACUUAACAGAAAGCCAAGGAGUUGAAAAAAAAAAUUCAGGGUUGCACCGAAUCAUCAUGUGCUCUGUGCCAAAAAAAUUUAAAAAAAUCCAAAAAACAAGCAACAAUUAACUUAUCAAAAUGCAAUAGUAUCAUUGUAUCGUGAUGACUAAUUCCACAUCAUUUGACUCAACAUUGCAAGGAGCAAACAGACGGUUUUGCUAAAGGCACUAAAACAUCAUCCAGUGUUCAGUGGUGUUUUUAUAUGAAUAAAAGAAAACGGUGGGUCUCAGACCUCUUGAAUAGAUACAGUAUAUACACGGAUAACUACUUUCUCUUACUGUCUGCUUCUUUUACUACAAA